AUGACUUUGCGAUUCACUAAAUGGGCUAUCUUUUUUACAACAAUUUUUUGGAUGUGUCAUGGUAUACCGUACACAAUUUUUUAUGAUAUUCGACAAUCACUGCCUGCAAAUGCCACUGUUUGCAAUUCGAUCGAUCCUAUUUUCAAUCAAUACAGUUCAUGGAUGAUAUACAAUAUAUCAAGUUUUAUAAUGCCUGUUUCCAUCUUAGUAGUCUUUGGUUAUUUGACACACAGAAAUAUGGCAUCAGUCAACGAAACAACAUCCGUUCAGCAAAAUGCUUUAAAACAACAGAUCCAAAGACAAUUAACUAUAAUAAUUCGAGCUCAAAUCCUGUUACUCAUUGUUACUAUGAGUCCCUCCGGAAUUUUUAGCCUUUAUACGACUUUUACUGCAUCUCAAGCAAAAAGCACAGAGCUUAAAUCCGCUGAACAAUUGACGAGUAAUCUAUUCACAUGUAUAUUCUAUUUGUAUGCUUCUGGCAGUUUUUAUAUUUUCUUUUGCUUCUCCAAGCCGUUUCGCAAACAAAUGAGUUUUACAUUGUGCAAUAUUAUACCCAAAAGACGCAAUCAGGUUUCAUCGCUUGGUGGAAAUAUUCAUGAGCCUCCUGUUCGAACGUAA